AAAAUGUGCCUAUUGGUUUUUAAAAACAGUUUGUUCUGUCCUUCUUAAUUGGUUAAGUGAUGUCAGAUCACAUCUGUUUUGUUUUGUUUUCCACCAGUUGUUAAAAAAAAAAAUUGUAGGAUUUUUGAACCCUUUUGAGACAAUUGACUUAAACAGACCUAAAAUUGAUGAAACAAUGUAGUCAGACAUGUAAAAAAUGAAUGUAAUAAAGUUAAUACAGUUUUAAAAUAACAUUAAUACAUAACCAGAUAAAAAACAAAUAUGUAUGAAUGCAGUUCAAGCAUGGAUUUUAGUUUUUACUAGCUUCAGUUGGAGUCAGCAUUUUAUUCAACUUAAUAUUAGACUGAAAGGAUCAAAAUCCCUUAUGGGCUGAAUUCUGUCACUCUGUUUUUCCAGCUACUGAGAAAUGCUUGUAUGUAUCUAUGUAUGUAUGCAUAAGUCUAAUCUACUAACAGUAGAUAGACUUAUAGAAUGAAUUGAAGCCAGUGAAUUGCUGCCUGGCUUGUUUCAGCACAGAAUAACAAAGAUUAUUGAUGGACAGCAGGGUGAAAUAAUUCUCUAACUGGAAUUAUCCACCCGAAACAAGCUGAUCCCAAAGCAAACAAAUGUUAUCCAAUAAUCUCACCUUGUUCAUGGUUUGUUUUAGGGGAAAAUGUGAUUGUGUGGUCAAUGAAUGGAACAAAUUAGUUAAAAAUAGGUGGACCUAUUUUUUGCAGCGUAUUGGCGCCGCCUCCGUUAUGCGCGUAAAGACGCAUUAAGAAGUGGCACAGCAAGUGAUAAUCCAGACAGGAGGUGCUUUUGGUUAUAGCACAGCCUCUCACUGAUGGUGAGGAGACAAGAGCUGGUGGAUCAGCUCAGCUUUGUUUUCAACUCAUCUGAAUUUUCCUCCCCAGAGUUUUUCCUCUUACUGGUUGCAGACUAAAAGUUUUUCAGCGACUUCUAAGCAGCUUGUGUUGAGAUGGUUUCUUUCUUCCUGACACGGAGGUUAUUAAUGGGAUUUCUCUCUCCCCCGCAUCAUCACCUGAGGACAGCUGCACAGUGAGCCGUAGGGCGGCUGGAGGCUGAAUGGACAACAUGUCUCCACAGCAGCAACAGGACAGCCUCAGCCGAGGCGGCGCACAGCAAGACAACGGACGGCGGGUGAAGUCUCAGAGUUAUCGGCGUCAGUCCGCCCCGUCUCUGGUCAUCACCAAGGCUCUCACCAGGUCCAAGACUCUCUCCAGAGAGAGCUUCCUGGUUCCCGUGUGUCCAGAGACCUGCCCAUUGGUCCAGUCCUUCCUGACCGGUUCUGAUAGGUCAUUUCUUCUCCAUGGACACGCUCAGUUGAAGACCGGGAUGCAGACUCAGGACAGACACCUCUUCAUGUUCAACGACAUACUGGUGAUUGCCAAAGCCAAGUCAGCCAACCACUUCAAGCAGAAGGCCCAGGUGUACGUGUGUGAGAUGUGGAUGGCAAACUGCAUGGAGGAGGUGUGUGAGGGAAGCACUAACCCGGAGAGAAGUUUCGUCAUGGGCUGGCCCACCUGCAACUGUGUCGCUACGUUUAGCUCAACAGAACAGAAAGAUAAAUGGCUCUCCCUCCUCAAAAGUCUGAUAAAAGAAGAGAAAGAGAAGGAAGAACCUAAAACCAUUCCUCUCAGAGUGUACGGGAAGGGGAUCAAUACUUUUGCUGUUACCAAGACGCUUCCUGUCAGCAACUCAGAUUCAACCAAUGAGGUGAUCCGACUGGCCCUGCAACAGUUUGGCAUCAUAGGAAACGUGAAAGACUACCAGCUGUGGGUCAUCUCCAAGAGGGACAACACCCCCUAUCCUCUAAUCGGUCAUGAGUAUCCCUUCAGUAUCCAGAUGAGUCAUGUGAGACCCACGUCGUCUCAUGGAGGCAGCGGGGACGCAGCUGCUUCACCCGCGGACAGACAGAAGGCGAUGCAGGUGGAGCAGCUGCAGGUGUACAAGCAGUGUCAGUUCAUCCUGAAGCCCCGCCCCGUCGAGACGCUCCAACAGCACGUGUUUGCAGAUUUCUCUCAGAAGCCGUUUAAAAGGCGGCGUUCACUCAUCAACUGGGCCUUCUGGCGAGGCUCCUCCUCUCACCUCAACGAGUUAUCCCUCGCCGGCACCGCUCGCGGCUGCUUGUUCGGCCAGCCGCUCAGCGCCGUGUGCAUAGAGGACGCGCUGCCAAAGCCAGUGAUGGACAUGCUGACGUUUCUGUACCACGAGGGUCCCUGGACUCGGGGGAUCUUCCGUCGGCCCGCGGGGGCUCGGGCUGUCAGGGAGCUGCGGGACUCUCUGGACGCCGGAGAGUUUCAACUUCCUCUGUCACGAGACCACGCCUUCAUCAUAGCCGGAAUCUUUAAGGAUUUCCUGCGCAGCAUCCCGGGCAGCUUGCUGUGCUCUGAACUGCAUGAAGAAUGGAUGGACGUGCUGGACGAAGAUGACGAGGAGGAAGAACAGGUGCAGGACGUCAACAGGAUGAUUUGUCGGCUACCCAAACACAACAGCCUGUUGCUACGCUACCUGUUGGCCAUGCUGCACGGCAUCGAGAGCAACGCCCAGGAGAAUCAGAUGACCAGUUUUAAUUUAGCAGUGUGCAUCGCUCCCAGCAUGCUUUGGCCUCCUGGAGCACCUUGUAACCCUGAGGUGGAGGGCGAAGGCGCGAAAAAGGUUUGUGAGUUGGUGAAGUUUAUGAUCGAACACUGUCAGCAGAUUCUAGGAGAGGAUCCCUCCUCCCUGUUUGGAGGACCGCCACAAAGACCCAACACUGAGGAGAUAGGAUCAGACUCCUGGGUUUACCCUCUGACAGACUCGUCCUACGACAGUCCAGAGAACGAGUUGGACAACAGCAGCGGCGGGUCACCAGGCUUCUGCAGCAGGAGGCGCCUUCCAUCCAAACCACUACAAGGAAGCUUGGAGUCGAUCCUCACAUUCAGCGACCUUGACCAAGACGCUGACCCAGAUAGACACCACACCCAAACUAACUUAAGCCCGCUGGGGAGAACCAGAGGCAGGAGACAGGACCCCGACCUCUCCUGCCACGACGUACCAACCGUGGACACCUCCUCCACCCUGGACUCCCUGUCCCUGGAUGGUCGCCACAGACUACGGCGGCGCUCAGAGCCCGCUAUAGCGUAUGCGACCAAGCUUCGGCCGUGUGUUUCAGGGAGCACUGAUGGUGCCACUGGUGAGGAUGAAGAUAGUGAUGAAGAGCUUUCCAAGAAGCCUAGCAGCCACACACACUCCAGAGGUCAGGGCAGGAGAAGCGGAGGCGAGUCCACGUUAAACCUGCUUGGUGUGAGUUCAGCAGCUCUGGAGGCGAGCUCCUCCAGCUUCUCCUCUACCCCCAACUCCCCUGUACCAACCCGCUCCUCCCUGGACUCUCUCGACUCCCUCAGCAGCAACCACGCCUGGGCAACCAGGCGGGGGCCUAACCCACCCAAGACACAUGUGCCCUCCACCUCCUCCUCCCUGUCUGUCUCUUCAGCAUCCUUCACUGUAAGCUCUGCUCUGACCUCCAGUGGACACCCAGACCAGGGGACUGGUCCAAAAGACUCUCCCCCCAAAGAACCACUCAACUGGGGGACCUUAAAAGGCUGCAGGGGCCUCCACCCAAACUCCUGGCUGAAGAAAGACCGCAGACUGUCACUAACCCAACAAGACAACUUGGAGAAGGAAGAAGAGGACAAGACUGGGGGAGGACCCACUGAUAAGACCAUCACACUUGGAAAACUCAUCCCAGACAAAGGAAAAACAGGUGAAAGGGGAGGAGAAAAACCGACCCUCAGCAACCAACCCAAGCCCAAAACCUGCAGAGCCUCCAAAGAUGCAGGAGGGGGGCAUGUGAGGGGGAGGUCUCGCAAGGAGCCCCACAAGCCUCGACUCCUCAAGCAGGACCACACCAGCCCCCCCUCCCACCACCGUUCUACAGGAAGCCUCCAGUUUCCAAAAUCCCCCUGGUUCCUCUCCUCAGACUCUUCCAUGACCGUUAGGCAGCUCAGCGACGUCAACGCCAACACCGGCAGUGACAUCACCAACCAGAGGCGUGCAGCAGAAAGCGAAGUGAACGAGGUGAAGCAGCCAUCACCAUUACUAUUUUACAAGCAGAGUGGGCCUUCUCUGUCUCUGUUCAAACGACACAAGUCUGUAGAAGAGGCGAGCAAUGUGAGGCUCUACCAGCGGCGGGGGUCAGAGCCUGGACAGCAGGUGGUGGACCGGACCGCCACCCUCGCCCGGGCGAGGCUGCCCAGCGACCCAGGACUGAAGGCUUCAGAAGCGGAUUCACAAGGAGGGACGACCGAGUCUCGUUUCUGCCUCUCGCCCUAUGCCACCAAAGCAGUGAGGGACUACUUCUCCUCUCACCCGCGCAGUAACCCCCAGAGCAGCCAGAAGGUGACGCUGGGUGUGGUGGAGAGUCGCAGGGAGUGGCUGAAGAGAUGCAGUGAUCCCACAGCAGAGCCAGACUUUGACCAGCUUCUGUUUGCUGAAGAAUCCUAUGUCUGAUUCUGACUAAAACCUGGAGAUGAAUUACAUUUCAACAACACAAAUCAAAUGCAACACAUACUGCAGCUUUCAAAAUGACCCUCAUUGACUUUCCCCAAGUCCUACCAGAACAAUCUACAGUCACAAUAUUUGUAAAAAUAUGAGUUAACAGUAGUUAUUACACUCAUCACCUUAAAAUUGACUGCUUGUCGGUGUUUCAUUAGAUCCUAAAUGCCUUAGUGUAGACUUUUUAAAUGCAUGAGAAACAUAAGUACAUUUUAAACUUUGCCUAGAGCUUAUUGCCAUUGAGGGAACAAGAUUGAUUUUUGUUUGAAUGUCACGCGCAGAAAGAGUCCUAUUUUGUAACAUUAAUCGCUAACAGAUAGUUUUGGUAUCAGAUAUUAAUGCAUAAUUAGGUAUCAAAUGUUAACGCAUAGUUAAAUUUCUAUCUGAUCUUGAUCUAUGGGUUUUGUGUGAGCAAUGUCACUUGUAUGUUUUUAAACUAUAUCAGGCCAAAGUUGAAACCUGCCAAUUAGAAAUUACCCGGUUUUGCCUUUUUUCCCCAUUGUGAACAAGUAGAAUCUCUUUUAUUAAUGACUGGUAGCUUAUUUAAGGUUUCAUUUGAUAUUUCUACUUUCAAAGCUGCAUUAUGUUUGGACAUUGAAAUCUGAUUUAUGCUAGAAACUGACAGUAUAUAGUACAAACAGUCUCACCAGAUUAUUCUCAACAUUCUGUCUCUCCAUUAAGGCAAGUUCAUACACAAUUAUUUUGCAUAUUUUUCAUGUUUUAUUCUUAUUAAUUUCCAGUUAAAGGAUUGUAUGUCAACACUGAUCACUUCUAAUUAAACACGAUGCAACCUGGUUCUUGUUUAAAGAUGUUUUACAACACUAUUGCGUUGCUUUUCCUGCAUUGACCCUUAAUUAAAAGUUAACACACAAUAGUUGCAUAUGAACAUAAUUAAUAGGAGACACAGUUAAUUAUGGGAUAUAAUUAAGUGUAUAUUGUUUUUUUUGAUCACUUGGCCUGUAGUUUAAAUGCAGCCUGGAUAAACACUGUGACUAUGCAUAGAACUGCAUUUUGCUUUAGCGUUUUACACCCAGUCAGUGUAUAAUUAGUCACAACAUCACAUCACAACUUGUUUAUGCAAAUCAUAAAUAUGGAUUUGAUUCACAACCAUCACUUCAGCUCAUUGUUAGCAGCUUAACUUACAGAAAUAUAUUCAUAAUUUGAACAGGUUUAGUUUUAUAGAUUAAGGUCAUUGAUUAUUCACUAUUUAGCCUUUUUAUAGUAAUUCUUCUUUUGUGAAGUCUAUGCUGCUUUUUGCCAACUACAGUGUUUAUAUGGAGGACAACUGUAAAGGAAUAUCAUUAUUGUAGAGCUGCAACAAUUAAUUGAAUGAGAAAAUUUAUCAGCAGAUAUUUUGAUAAUCAAUUCAUUGGAUUAAAGCUUCUUAAAAUGUGAAUAUUUUGUGAGUUUCAAUGGCAUAAUUGAGAGAUAAUUGGUAAUAAAAUAAAGCUGCAGCACUACUUUAUUGAACUGACUUUCCUAGAUGCCACUCAGACAUUUUUGCUUUUGCUAGUUGCAAUAAAUCUUCACUCUUUAGAUAUUUGGUCAUAAAUAAUGAACAGUUUCUUUAGGUUUUCACUAGAUUUUGAAGGAUGAACAUUUCAAAACGCUUCUCUGUAUAAGCUCUUACAUUACAGGUUAACUUGUCUUGCGGUAGCGUGAUUAGCAGGUUUGUUUUUUUCUAUUUGUUGCCAACAAUGUGGUUUUCACAAAAGCCUGUAUUGAUUUGAAUGAAUCACAUCUUGUCCCGGUGUUUCUAUUAUGUAAAUACGAUCGAUCCCCCUGAGAGGGAAAACUGCUAUACUGGUUUGCGUUUUAUGUUUUUCAAGCUUUGUAUUUUAUGCAGCUUAAACUUUUAAAAUAGGCCACGAGACUGUUGCUUUCUAUUGUCUACACCUUCCUUUCUAUGUAUUCAUAAGCUGUAUUAAUGAGUCUAAAACUUUGCAAAUAAAUGACAUACGAGUGAAA